AUGGAUAAUUCAUAUGAUUUCAGUCAACGAAGCUCAUGUAAUGGAAUUCCAUCUGAGAAGACAAACAACUUACUUGUGUCAGAAGAUCAUGGACAGAAAAUCUUGAGUGUACUACAGAAUUUUAGAGAACAAAAUAUCUUUUAUGAUUUCAAAAUAAUCAUGAAAGAUGAAAUAAUCCCAUGUCAUCGUUGUGUGUUAGCAGCAUGCAGUGACUUUUUCAGGGCUAUGUUCGAAGUGAACAUGAAAGAAAGAGACGGUGGGAGUGUUACCAUCACCAAUUUGUCCUCGGAAGCGGUGAAAGCCUUCCUUGAUUACGCCUACACCGGAAAAGCACAGAUCACAGGGGAGAACGUGGAAAUGUUCUUCCAGGUGUCAGCGUUUCUGCAAGUCCCCUUCCUGUCCAAAGCCUGCAGUGACUUCUUAAUAAAGAGCAUUAACAUUGUCAAUUGUCUGCAGUUAUUAUCUAUCUCAGAUAGCUACGGCUCACCCCGUUUGUUUGAUCACGCUUUAUACUUUGUACAGCAUCACUUUUCCUUGUUAUUUAAAUCCAGUGAUUUCUUAGAGUUGAGUUUUGGAGUCGUGCAGAAAUGUCUGGAAUCGGAUGAAUUAGAUGUCCCUGAAGAAGAGACCGUCCUGAAAGCUGUCCUCAAUUGGACCAAAUAUAACCUAGAAGCGAGGCAAAAGCACCUGCCUUAUUUGAUUAAACAAGUCAGAUUGCAUCAGUUACCCGAGGAGACACUUCAGGACUGUCUGCUCAGCGAGGAGUGUCUACUCAAAAGCACCGACUGCUUUGACAUCGUCCUGGAUGCGGUGAAGAGCGUGCAGGGUUCCGGCGGCCUUUUCCCGGAUGCGCGGCCGUCCACCACGGAGAAGUACAUAUUUGUUCACAAAACCGAGGAAAACGGCGAGAAUCAGCACACGUUCUGCUACAACAUUCAAAGCGACUCGUGGAAAAUACUGCCGCCAUCCCACCUGGUUGACUUGCCGGGAUCCAGCCUGGCAAGCUACGGGGAGAAGAUAUUCCUGACGGGUGGCUGCAAGGGGCCGUGCUGCCGGGCGGUGCGGCUCCACAUCGCACAGCCCUACCACGACGCCACCGACCAGACCUGGUGCUACUGUCCCGCCAACAACGACUCCUUCCCGGUGUCCGCCAUGAAGACGCCCCGGACCAUGCACACCUCGGUGCUGGCUCUCAGCAGGCUGUUCGUUCUGGGCGGGAAGACCAGGGGAUCUCGGGACAGCAGAAGCCUCUUGGAUGUGGAGUCUUACAACCCGCUUUCCAAAGAGUGGGCGUCCGUCAGCCCGCUGCCCCGGGGCAUCUACUACCCGGAGGCCAGCGCCUGCCACAGUGUCAUCUACGUCCUUGGGUCCGAGGUGGAGAUCACAGACGCCUUCAACCCGUCCCUCGAUUGCUUCUUCAGAUACAACGCGGCGACCGACCAGUGGUCGGAACUGGUGGCGGAGUUCGGGCAGUUUUUCCACGCCACCCUCAUCAAAGCCGUCCCGGUGAACCGCACGCUGUACAUAUGCGACCUUUCCACCUACAAGGUGUACAGCUUCUGCCCGGAUACCUGCGUCUGGAAGGGGGAAGGGUCCUUCGAGUGCGCGGGCUUCAACGCCGGUGCGGUGGGGAUCGGAGAUAAGAUUUACAUCCUGGGCGGGGACUACGCCCCCGAUGAGAUCACCGAUGAGGUGCAGGUCUACCACAGCAGCAGGUCCGAGUGGGAGGAGGUGGCGCCCAUGCCCAGGGCCCUAACGGAGUUUUACUGCCAGGCGAUCCAGUUCAACAAGUACCGGGACCCCUGGCUUCCCAACCGUUUCUGA